AUGCCACCAUGUUUAUCAGAUCUUUCGAUCGCAAGUGAGAGCGUGGUUGCUUACGCACCACUAACGGUGCUUCUCUCGGAUGCACCGGCAGGCACCUACAACGUCACACUCGCGCUGUAUGCUUCCUCCGCUGUCACCCAUGUGGAGACUUUCGCACUGCCGUCCUUCACUGCCAGCAAAGAGAUUGUGCUGCCUUGCACCUCCGUACCGCAGUCUGCCCAAUACACGAUCAGCGUGUAUGACCUCAGCACGAGCAAUGAUCCCAUCUCCAAGCAAGUCACCGUGUCCCCGCCGCUGUUCCAGCUCUUCCUCUCCGCGUCCUCCAUCAUCGCCCGCACCACUGACAUCCAGGCGACAAUGACGUUUCCAAAGUGCGCUGGCGCUCCCCAUUAUCUGCGCGUGCAUUACGACGGAACAACGGAUGACCAGCUGCUGCAUGAACAGGAGUUUGAUGACUCGUUGAGUGAUGGUGGCGAGAGCGCAGAUGUGUCGCUGACCCUGACCAUCCCAGGUUCUGUCUUCUAUCGCAAUGGCACCUUCCACAUCGGCCUGUGGGAUUCGUUACCGUUCUACUCGUUUUCUUUGGCGCGCGUCGUCAAACAGGUCUCCGCCCAGUGGGGACUCUUCGGCGUUUCGGUCCAGAGCUCCACCGUCACGUGCAACACAUUCAACUAUCCCGUCGUGUUUCCUUAUUCGGCUGCCAGCACAGGUGAAGACGAUUACAUUGAGGUGUUCACGCGCCAUGAUUCCGUCGUCAACAAGACGCUCCCGUUCGCAAACACGGCGUUCGCUGGCAUGGUGAGCAUGACAUGUGGCGAGCUGACAUCGGUCCUUGGCGUGAGUGUGUCCGGCACCGUCCGCGUCCGCUACGUGAUUGUGUCGCUGCCGCCCCCAUCAACACCACCGACAGCUGCUGCCCACGCCGCCUCAUAUGUGCCUGCACAGGCAGCGUUUCACCUCGACUUAUCGCUGCUGAUUGCAGACGCGCGGUUGACGCUUUCGCCUCCGUUCCCGAUUGCGCUCGAGCCCUUCACUGUGCACUGCUCAUGGGACAGCGCUCCCAACGCCACGAGCUACAUCAACAUCGAUGGCACCAUUACUGUCAACGAGACCGCAACCACCAUUGCACACGGCGACAGUGUUCACGUGAGCUGCCAGGUGUCUGUGGAUGACGUUGUUGUGCUCCUUGGCCCCGUGCUGCGGCCGGUCUGUCCAGGCUCAGAUGCGUGCACGGGUGGCGUGACGUUCCUCUCUGGCACGUGCAGCCUCGACACGGUGACCUGGACAGACUGUCCACCCGGCACGUUUGUGCGCACACCGCCCACGCCCACAUCCGACCGCGUGUGCGGGAGCUGCGACGGCGUGACGGGCUUCUCAACCGAGAGCAAUGUAGUGUUGUGCACGCUGCCUCGAGAAUGCCCGGGCGUGAAUGCGUCCAUGACAGUGCCGCCAACACCGACAUCCGACCGCCUGUGCGAGCUGCCACCGCCCAUUGCAUUCAGCGCCCUCGACCCCAUUGUCCGCAUCUUUGGCUUCAACCCGCUCGGUACGCCCUUCCCGCCGCAGGUCACCAUCACCAGCGAUCACGAUAUUGCUGCCAUCACGCUCGCGCCCCCGCCCCCAGCCACGUUCAAGAUUGGAACGCUCCUGGCAACGGUCACAGACACGGCCGGGCACGCUGCCCAAUACGCAUUCACGGCGUCGACAGGCUCGAGUGACGGUGACUUUCGCCCCUUCCCCUUCACCCUGGACAACGCGCUGCGUGUGCGUGUGUUGGAGCCGUCACCGCUGGCGGAGGAGGUGGCGUUCAACAUCACGACGCUGGCUUCGGAGAUGCUCGGCAUGUAUGAUAUUGUACUGGCUGGCGUGCUUCGCUCCAACACCGCCAACGAAACGCACAAUGAGGUGCUCCUUGCUUCCCUUGUCCCCACGUACAGCGGUGAAGGUGGCAGUGCUGGCGGUGAAGGUGCUGGUGGUGGUGGUGGCGAGCUUGCUCCCACGCACGGGGUUUGA